GUUGUGAUCAUAAUGCCAUUUUCUUCAAUCAUGUGUUCGUCAGAUUGAGUAAUUUGUGGCGACCUUUUUAAGACGGAUGUGACAUUCUUAGCCGCACGUCUGACGUCAUGACAUACAGAGCAUUAGCCACGUAUGUGGGCGUUCCAACCAAUUAAAAACUCGACCAAGGAUCAGCCGUGGUCAUUCUCUUCUGAGGAACUCCUGGUGCCAUCAUCCCACAGCGGGCAACAGUUAACUCUUCGUCAAAGAUCAUCCGAAAGAUGCCACGCGUGCUGUCGCUGUGUGCCCUGGUGCUGUCCGUGGUUCUGAUUGCUGUGCUCUUCGGCACGGCUGCCCAGGGCAGCUCGGGCCGGAUGUGCGGCCGUUCCAUCAUAAGAUAAUCAUUGUGUUCACAUAGAUCAUCUGAAAAAUCCAUCAUGAAAUAAUCAUUGUUUGUGUUCACAUAGAUCAUUCGAAAGAUGCCACGCGUGCUGUCGCUGUGUGCCCUGGUGCUGUCCGUGGUGUUGGUUGCUGUGCUGUCCGGCACGGCUGCCCAGGGCAGCUCGGGCCCGAUGUGCGGUCGCCUGCUGGUGCGACGGUUUCAGCGGCUGUGCAUGGACCUCAGGCGGCGCCGCAGCGUCGAUGACACCGACCAAUCCCUGAUGUCACGUCUGACACCCCAUCUCGCUCUGAGCACCCAUUGGGAAAAUGUGGCAGAGACCGAACCAGAGCGCGGCCUCCAGCUGAAGAACAAGCGGGACCCCGACUCGGACACCCCGGCCACCGACAUCUUCGACGUCUGCUGCGAGCGAGGCUGUUCCACCGAAGAGCUGGUCAUCUACUGCGGAAUUUGGCACGGUGGAGCUUUCUAAUGUACCAAACCAGCUCCUAUGGAUGAUAUAUAGUAGAGUGGACUCAUUCCUCAGCUAACCGACACCAAGGCAGAAUGCACUGGAAAGGUAUAUAA